CAUUUCAACUUUUGUCAUGCCUUCAACCAUACCUAAAAUAAUACCCGAUCGCAAACAUUAGAAUAGCCUACAGUUUCACCAACGCUGGAUCAAGGUACGAUGCGGACAGAUACAACAUGGCGUCAAACAAUAGCAAUAGCGGCAACAACGAAUCCUUAACCCACGAACUCCUCUCGCGGGCUCAUAGUCCCGGCAGUGUAAACCGCAUCUACUCGGAUAAGAUCCAACACAGGCCUCUUUUCCUUAAGCCCACCUCCCCACCUCCAUCCAACGCCCGCGAUGCUCGACGCAGGUCCCGAGUCGAGAAGCAAAAGCGUUUAAAAGCUCUAAAGCCGAAACCCCUAUCAGCGCGACAGCGGCGGAAGCUUGGGCUCUACGAUGUCCCCAAAUCAGGUCAAAAAUAUACCGUCUUCGAGCCGCUGAACCAGCUAUGGCUAGGCUACAUCCGCGAAGUGCUCGGUAGCGAGCUAUACACCGGGGGGCAGGGUGCUGCCGCCAAACUAAGUGCUGCCGACUUCCACGGUGCUAAGGUAGAAGUGUCGCGCAGUAGUUGUCCUAGUCGCGUUGGUAUACAAGGGAUUGUUAUCAAAGAUGCGCGCUUCGUCUUUGAAAUUAUUACCGCGAAAGACCAGAUAAAAACUGUGCCAAAGGAGGGAACUAUGUUUCGCAUCAGCGUUCCCCCAGUGCAACAGGAGAAUACUAUAGCCUCGGCCGAGGACCGAAAACCCUUUACCUUCGAGAUUCAUGGGGACCAGUUUCAGUACCGGUCGGCUGAUCGCGCGAACAAGAAGUUCAAGCCGCAUUUCCUUGAAAAGCUUUAAGGGGAUUUGUUUGGUAAUUUUUUAUAUGCGCCAUGCCUAGCAAUACUCGAAUGCGGUACAGGCGCCUACGU